AUGCAAAAGUCGCGCGAGGCCAUGUCAGCAUCGUUGAGGGCUUUGGCUAAAGUAGAAGAUGUGCCUCCGGUCACCGAGGAGCUUUGCAUCUACUGCUUUGAAGUGCUGCUGGCGAGGCUCCAAGGAGUUUCGGCACCCUCUUUGCAAGGGCCGCCCAGCUCUGGGCUGGCCAGGAGGAAGGUUCCCGCGCUCUUCGUAAGCUGGCAUUCGCCCGUGGGUCUCCGCGGCUGCAUGGGCUCUAUGCAACCAGUGGAGUUGGAACGUGGUCUCGCAGACUGCGCGCUGUCCAGCGCCUUGAGUGAUUGUCGCUUCCCUCCGAUCACACUGAAGGAGGUGAAAUCGCUGACUUGUCGUGUGUCCGUUUUACACACCUUCGAGACGUGUCAGGACCUGUGGGACUGGAAGGUCGGCCUCCACGGCAUCGCGAUAUCGUUCACAGCGUCUUUCUGCAGCAUCUGCCCUUGUAGCACUUGCAGGUACACCGCCACUUUGCUUCCGGAAGUGAUUCUGGAAGAGGGAAUGACCCAAGAGGCAGCUUUGGACAGUGCCAUCCGGAAGGCCGGCUACCGGGGCUUCUGCAUGUCCAGAUUAAUGUCGUCGGUGGAAACCACGCGUUUCCAGUCCGCCACUUGCGAUCUGCCUUUUCAGUCCUUUGCAAAUCGAUAG